AUGUUGGUAGUCUUUACCGAGACAUUAAACGAUGUAGAGAUGGAUGAUGUUAAAAAUGAUUGUAAUGGUAGUCUCACAAUCUUCAUCUUCAUCAAUGGAUUAGAUUUUUUAAAAAUUAAUGUUGGUGAUCCAGUUUUGUUCUAUGCCAACCAAACUUGUUUCUCUCGGUAUCCAACGAUGAUUGAACCAGCCAUGGUUGUUGAUAAACUAAGAGAUAUAUACUUGCAAGCAGUAUUCUUUUGCUUAAUGUCAUCAUCAACGUCGUCAACUACCGACUCUAGUACAACUACUUCUUCUUCUUCACCUUCACCUCCUUCAACUUCUAUAUUAUCACCACCCUAUCUAAGACCAUCAAAAGUUGGUAAAAAGAAUGUAACCAUUCAAGUACAAGGUAAAGAAGACAAGACACCUGUACAUUUAGAAGGAUUUCUAUCAUACAUUGAAGAUGAACACAAUGCAAACAAAGACAGUGCAGUAUACAGAGAAUUGAUGGAUGUUGGUAUUGUCAUUACACAUCCUCACCCCAUGUUGGGAGGAUGCUACCAAAAUAAUGUUGUAUUGGGACUUGCAAGCUAUAUCACAAAUCAUUUACACGUACCAACACUCUGUUUCAACUUUAGAGGUGUUCGCAAGAGUACUGGUAGUGGUAGUUGGAGAGGUGGCUCUGAAAGAGCAGAUACACUUGGAGCAGUCGACUAUCUAUUAAACGAGGUGCCACUCGAUCGUCGUCCAUCUCGUAUCAUUAUCAUUGGCUAUAGUUAUGGAUCUGUGAUUGGCAUGUCUAUUGCAUCUGAACGUGAUGCAAUCAUUGGAGCUGUAGCAGUCUCUUUUCCAUUUGGUCCUCUUACUCUAAUGUUAUUAGGUCAUCUAUUAGAUCCUGCUCUAUUAUUAAACAAACCAAAAUAUUUUGUUAUUGGUGAUCAAGAUAAUUUUACUGGUACCACUAAAUUUAAACAAAGAAUGAAUGAAAUGAAAGGAGAUAAAGAUAAAUUAAAACACAAGAUUUAUCCAAAUAUUGAUCAUUUUUAUGGUGGACAAGAGAAAAUGUUGGCAAAAGAUUUAUGUAAUUGGGUUUUAGAAUUAUUAAAUUUACCAAUUACUCCAAUCAAUAAUAAUAAUAAUGAAAUUAAUCCACCUUCGCCAAUUUCAAUUUCACAACAAGAAUCUUCUUCUUCUUCUUCUUCUUCUCCAAUAAUAUAA